CACCGCCUCUUCCGGCUCGUGGUAGAACAUGGCGCAGGGACAGCGUAAGUUCCAGGCGCAGAAACCCAAAAGCAAGGCGGCGGCAGCGGAGCGGAGCCGCGGGCCGCGGAAAGGCGGUCGAAUCAUCGCUCCCAAGAAGGCGCGCGUCGUGCAGCAGCAAAAGCUAAAGAAGAGCCUGGAAGUGGGAAUCCGGAAGAAGAUUGAGCAUGACGUGGUGAUGAAAGCUAGCUCCAGCCUGCCUAAGAAGCUUGCACUGCUGAAGGGAGCACCAAAGAAGACUGGGGCCACCCCCGCCAGCAAGACACCAUCCUAAAGGCACUGGGACUUGGCAGGUUGUCCCACAAGCUAGCCGGACUUGAGGGAAGAAGACCCUGCUCCAGUCCUGGUGGCACUUGGAACAGCAAUGGGCAGGUGAUGGUAAAGCCUUCGUCUAGCCCCCAAGAAGAAGAGGGGCUCAGCUUUCUUUACUGGUGUGAUGGGGUGAUGAACUUGGCUCUGUUGUCCCUCCAGCUCUCAUGCGGUUCAAUGGGGAGGUGUUCGGGGGCUAGGUAAGCCUCUCUGGUCACCCCGAGAAAUUUCUCCCCCCCACACAGUGCCCUUGACAGCCCCAGACCCAAGAAAGGACAGUGAUAUACACCUGAAGCUGGCUGCUGGGAACAGUCUCUUCCCCUGGCUGCCCCCUCUGGUCAUCUAAUGUUGGUGGACACUGUCCUCUACAUGAAGGGUCCCAUAUUGUCAACGAGGUGCCACCUCAUCCUGUCACACUAGUGAUCCAGAGCCACUCGGGAAUCUGCCAAUGUUCCCCAAUAAAGCUGUGCUCACAGAG